CCCAAGUUGACAACAGCUAAGCGGCCGCGGCAGCUGCUCCUCCGGCUGGCACUGUUACCCUCGCCCGACCCCAAGCUCCGCGAGUGCUUCCUACCCGCCGGUUGCAGCGUGGGGAUCUCAAACGCAAAGCGGUGGAUACGGCCUCCAGAAACUGAGGCCAAAAAAGCAUGCGGGUGGCUGCGAGCUACAGGAUUCCCUCAGUAUGCUCAGCUGUUUGAAGAUGGUUCGUUCCCCCUGGAUAUUGGCUCUGUGAAGAAGGACCACAGUUUUCUGGACAAAGACUCUUUGGGAGCCCUGUGCAGGAGGCUGAUGACCUUGAACAACUGUGCCUCGAUGAAACUGGAGGUUCAUUUUCAAUGCAAGCAGAAUGAAGACUCAGAGGAGGAAGAGCAGUGUACCAUAAGCAACCACUGGGCCUUUCAGCGAGAAAGCAAAUGCUGGUCUCGUGUGGGCUCCUCUGACCUGCUGGCCCCACCGAGCCCUGGCCUGCCAGUGACCUCCAGCUGUGAGAGCGUCCUCACGGAGCUUAGUGCCACCUCCCUGCCAGCCAUCACUGUGAGCCUCCUGCCCGAGCCAGUGGACCUUCCCUCCCUAGGCCGUGCUCCCAGCCCAAGUGACCAGUCCUUCCUAAGCCCCUCUCGGGGCCAGGAGGCUCCUCGGGGCAAAGCCAAGAAGCACCGUUCCCGGAGCUUCCUCAAGCACCUGGAGUCUCUGAGGCGGAAGGAAAAGGGCGGCAGCCAGCAAGCAGAGCUCGAGCGUAGCUCGGCCACCUCAGAGAAGGCCACCAAAGCCUCCUCUUUUAGAAGUCGCCGUGGCUUCCUCUCAGCUGGAUUCUACAGGGCCAAAAACCAGGUGGCCACCUCAGCCAGUGGUGGUGGUGCUGAGACUCAGAGGGCCUGGGAGGCCUGGCCUGUGGCCACGUUCCAGCAUCCUCAGCGGGCGCACCGGGGUGACUGCCUGGUGCAUGUGCCCAGGGACCACAAACCAGGCACAUUCCCUCGCUCCCUGUCCAUUGAAAGCCUGUGUCCUGAGGAUGGACACCGCCUGGCAGAUUGGCAACCAGGUAGGCGCUGGGGCUACGAAGGGCGCCGGGGCUCCUGUGGCUCCACGGGUAGCCAUGCCAGCACCUAUGACAACAUGCCCGAACUGUCCCCAGCUGAGCCUGUCCUGGCUGGGACUGAGGCUGAAGAGGAAGAGGAGGAGGGUGGGGACAGCUACACUCACUUGGACGACAUCCUCCAGCAUGUGUGGGGGUUGCAGCAGCGAGUAGAGCUCUGGUCUCGGGCCAUAUACCCAGACCUGGGGCCUGGAGAUAAGGAAGAGGAAGAAGAUGAGGAAGAAGAGGAGGAGGCCACUUCAUCAAUAGAAAUAGUCACGGGUGAAGAGGAAAGUCGGGCUGAGGCUCUGGCCCAGGGAGAGGCUCCAGCCCACAGGGAGUCAUUAGCCCCGGGCCAGGUGGAUGUCCAGCUAGGAGUCCCAGCUCAGGCUCAAGCUCAAGUCCCAGCUGAGUCGGAGCUCCGGGCACAGGCAGAGGCCGAGGCCCCGAGCUUAGCCCAGGAUCCUGAGCAGGAGGCAAAUUCAGGAGGGGAACCCACUUCUGCCUCCAGCCUGUCUGUGGAAGAAGGCCACUCCAUUUCUGACACUGUGGCCUCAUCCAGUGAACUGGACAGUAGCGGGAACUCCAUGAACGAGGCGGAAGCCACAGGGUCCCCAGCUGGACUCCAGGCAUCAGCACCGCGUGAACGACGAGACUCAGGUGUUGGUGCCUCACUGACCAGACCCUGCAGGAAGCUCCGUUGGCACAGCUUCCAGAACUCUCACCGGCCCAGCCUCAACUCAGAGUCACUGGAGAUCAACCGGCAGUUUGCCAGCCAGAUCCACCUCCUACACAAGGGCUCGCUGCUGCGGCUCACCGCCUUCAUGGAGAAGUACACUGUCCCCCACAAACAGGGCUGGGUCUGGUCAAUGCCCAAGUUCAUGAAAAGGAACAAGACACCGGACUACCGGGGCCAGCAGGUCUUUGGGGUGCCACCCCUCAUCCAUGUGCAGCGUACCGGCCAACCACUGCCCCAGAGCAUUCAGCAAGCCAUGCGCUACCUGCGCAGCCAGUGCCUGGAACAGGUGGGCAUCUUCCGCAAGUCUGGAGUGAAGUCCAGGAUCCAGAACCUACGCCAAAUGAAUGAGACUUCCCCUGACAAUGUUUGCUACGACGGCCAGUCAGCCUAUGAUGUGGCUGACCUGCUGAAACAGUAUUUCCGGGAUCUGCCUGAGCCUAUCUUCACCAGCAAGCUCACUACCACUUUCCUGCAAAUCUACCAGCUCCUCCCCAAAGAUCAAUGGUUGGCAGCCGCGCAAGCUGCCACCUUGCUGCUCCCCGAUGAGAACCGAGAGGUGCUGCAGACCCUGCUCUAUUUCCUAAGUGACAUUGCCUCUGCUGAGGAAAACCAGAUGACAGCUGGUAACCUGGCAGUGUGCCUGGCCCCCUCCAUCUUCCACCUCAACGUCUCCAAGAAGGAUAACCCCUCACCCAGGAUCAAAAGCAAACGUAGCCUGAUUGGCCGGCCAGGCCCUAGGGACCUGAGUGAGAAUAUGGCUGCCACCCAGGGCCUAUCACACAUGAUCAGUGACUGCAAGAAACUUUUCCAGCCUGGUGUGCAUGUGCCCUCCCAGGUGCCCCAGGACAUGGUGCUGCAACUGUGUAGCUCCUACAGUGCGGCCGAGCUCAGCCCUCCGGGCCCGGCCCUGGCUGAGCUGCGGCAGGCCAGAGCCGCUGGUGUGAGCCUGAGCUUCUACAUGGAAGAUAGCGUCCAGGAGCUGCUACGCGAUGCUGCCGAGCGCUUCAAGGGCUGGAUGAGUGUGCCCGGGCCCCAGCACACGGAGCUGGCCUGCAAGAAGGCAUCAGACGGACACCCUCUGCGUGUGUGGAAGGCAUCCACGGAGGUGGCGGCCCCUCCGGCCGUCGUGCUACACCGUGUCCUGCGGGAGAGGGCUCUCUGGGAUGAGGACCUGCUGCGGGCCCAGGUGCUUGAAGCCCUGAUGCCAGGGGUGGAACUGUACCACUACGUCACCGACAGCAUGGCACCCCACCCCUGCCGUGACUUUGUGGUGCUCCGGAUGUGGCGCUCUGACCUACCCCGCGGGGGUUGCCUGCUCCUCUCUCAGUCCCUGGAUCCUGAGCAACCUGUGCCGGAGUCAGGGGUGCGGGCUCUGAUGCUCACGUCCCAGUACCUCAUGGAGCCCUGCGGCCUAGGCCGCUCCCGGCUCACUCACAUCUGCCGUGCUGACCUCAGGGGCCGUUCUCCUGACUGGUACAACAAAGUCUUUGGGCAUCUGUGUGCCAUGGAAGUGGCAAAGAUCCGGGACUCCUUCCCUACCCUGCAGGCAGCUGGACCAGAGACAAAGUUGUGAGCCUCAGUCUGCUCCCAGACUGAGCCCUACUCCCCCAGCACCAAGGCAUUAAUCAGGAUUAGUGGGGGGAUGAGAGCAGAGCCUCUCCCCCCACCACAAUGGAUGCCACUUCCAGGGGCAGAGGCAAGCCUGUGUGGUCCUCCUUACUUCCUGAAGCUCCUCCGCACAUACGUGGGAGGAAAAGAGAAUUUCAGUGUACAGUCUUUACUCCACCUCUACCCCUACACCUGUGUUCUGCCCUUCCGGGAGAGAAGAGUCAUUUUGGAGCAAGAAGAAGGCUACUGCUCUCUAGGUCUGCAAAGCUACCAGUCGGUCUUAAGACUUCCUGGAUCUCUCAACCUGUGGGGCAAGGAGGCAGAGAACAGUGUGUGCUCCCAGCUCUCUGGUGUUCUGAGAGGCCAAGCCAUCCUGUUUGGUGCCAGGGUCCCUUUGAAGUUGGACAGGACGUUACGGUCCUGCCUUUGGGCCAACAUUGGCCUGGAACUGGCUUAUACAGAGAAAUUGGACUGGAACAGAUGGGCACAGGGGCAGAGCACAGGGUAGCCCCAACCCUUGUGAGCUGUCUGAUUUGUGUAUAUACGAUGCUGACUUUUAUGAGGCUCAUUUAAAGAGUGGGUGCUGACAGGCCCCAAUAGGCGACAUGACGAUUUUGGGAUAGCUUGGGAUGUGAGAGUAGGGGGGAACCUUCCUUUCUCAGAUCUCAGGAGACCAAUGAAUCAGUCUCCCCAGACUCGGGCCCCACACUUUAUCUGCCACUCCCUGCGGUCUUGUGCAUCUGUUGCCCACGCACUGCCGUGUCUAGAAAGUAAACACCCUUGCUCCUACCACACAGGCCUAGCAAAAGCAGAUGGUGAGAGGAGACACUAUCCGUGUCGGUGUCCCUUUUCCUGCUUUUACAUGACAGCCCCUUCCUCAAGAAGAGAUCUGGCCCCUGGUUCAGGUGGCCAGGCUGCCAGAUGGAAGGGCCUAAUGUCAUCUCAUCCCGCCAGGGCUUGAUCCACACCUGACCUAGCCCACCCACCAGCCAUCUUGGUUCAUGUAGAGAGUCGAGUGCCCAACGUCAACUGGUGCUUUAUUAUUAUUUUUUGGCUGAAUAAACUGUAGUGGGAUGGGUUCCAGCCAACCAGUUGCAAUUUUUAAACCUAUCUAUUUUAUUUGUAACUAUAAAUACUGUACAGUCAGGAUAUAAAAAUGUACUUGUAUAUAUAUAUAGAUACAUAUAUAUAUAUACACACACACACACACACACACACAUCUAUAUAUACACACACACAUAUUCUAUCAUGAAUGUACCAUAGUCUAUGGUUGGGAGCAGGGGUCUGGAAAGCCUCAAGGGGCAGGGCUCUUAAGAUGCGACAGGGGAGGUGGAGAGUGGGUCCACGUGACACCCCCCCACCACCGAGGAGCAAUAAAGCAUUACUAGAGACGUA